AGCUGGAGUGGUCUGAGGACAGCACGCUGAUGUGGUGAUAUCACUGAAGUAGAAGAUGUCAACCAAAGUGUAGGACUGAUCUUCCAUGGGAGAUGUGAAGAUGUGGGCCGUCAUGGCGCUGAUCUGCAUGUGCCAAUGUGGACUGGCACAGCUGCUGAAGGGAACGCCCCCCCGUCUAGUCUGCAGCGUACCCGGAUCACCCGGCACCCCCGGCCAGCCCGGCCCCAGCGGGGCCCCGGGAGGAGACGGGAACGUGGGUGUCCCUGGCAGAGACGGCAGAGACGGCAGGAAAGGGGAAAAGGGACAGAAGGGAGACCCAGGUUUGAAAGGCAGAGUCGGGGCUACAGGUAAGCUUGGCGAGCGAGGUGGGCGUGGCCCUGCAGGUAAACAAGGUCCUGUGGGACAGAAUGGAGAAGCGGGCCCGCCGGGCGCUAGCCAUGGCGGCGAGAAAGGACAAAAGGGCCAACGCGGGACUGCCGGCACUGCGGGAAAAUGCCGAUGCGGCGACACGGCGCCCAAGUCAGCGUUCUCAGCGGGGAUCACCAGCAGCUACCCCGUCGAGAACACGCCCAUCAAGUUCAACAAGGUGCUCUUUGACCAGGGUGGCCACUACAGUCCCCAGACGGGCAAGUUCACGUGUGUCUACCCGGGCAUUUACUACUUCUCCUACCACGUCACACUGGCCAACAAACACCUGGCCAUCGCCCUGGUGCACAACGGGCAGUAUCGCCUCAAGACCUACGACGCCAACACGGGCAACCACGACGUGGCUUCUGGGUCCACGCUGAUGCACCUGGACCCUGAAGACCAGGUGUGGAUGGAGGUCUUCUACCACGACCAGAACGGUUUAUUUGCCGACCCGGGCUGGGCAGACAGUUUGUUCUCAGGCUUCCUGCUCUACGCUGACGCCGACUUAUUGGACGCAAUGGCAGAGGACGUCACACCCUGACAACACCGCUAAGGAUUCUGGGAAUUCUGUAUUAUGCUGGGUUAUUCUAUCCAAAACCCCCAAUCACAUGUUAUAUUCACGAUGUGACAUCAUGUCCUAUCUAGUUCAUAGAAAAGCGCUGUAUACAAACCCCGUUUCCAUAUGAGUUGGGAAAUGGUGUUAGAAGUAAAUAUAAACGGAAUA